UCGCCGGCUACCGCUGAGGGAAGGCGAGGAGAGCAUGGGAGAAGUGGGGCUUUAGAGGCGACUUUCCUCUUAGCCUCCGGGGAGGAAGAGGGCUUCGUGGGCGUCGGCGUGUAGUGGCGCCUGCGGAUGAAGCCGCGGUCUCCGAGCAACCAUCGGCCACACACAUAACCCAGCUACGGCCUAACGUGCUUCAGUGGGUUCCGCUGGGGAGCUGUGAUUGGUCACAUCCCGGCUGCCCCCGCUCGUGUCUAGUUGGAAGUGGUGUCAAUCAUCCUCGCCCCCGAAGACUCUAAGGUGGCCUGGCGAGGAGCGGGGACGUCAGCGCCUCCAGACAAGACGCAGGGAGCCCCGACCAGGGUUCAAAUCCAGCCUGCCUGUUCAAAGAGCACUGAAAGACUGAAUAUGCCCAAAGUAUCUGAGAAGAUUCUCAACAGUACACCUUGUUAGAAAUCUCCGCCCUUUCCUUCUCUUAGGAGGGUUGAAGAAAAAGAAAAUAUUUCAUUCUGGUCUUCCUACAAUGGACUGUUCUAGGUCUUGCUCAGGGGAAGGGGAAGGGCAGUCCGUAUCUCAGAGCCAUAAUGGUGAUGAUGAGAGACGGUGGCAACAGGAACGCCUUAACAGAGAGGAAGCCUAUUACCAAUUUAUUAAUGAGCUCAGUGAUGAAGACUACAGGUUGAUGAGAGAUCGAAAUCUCCUUGGGACUCCAGGAGAAAUUACAGCAGAUGAGCUGCGGCAGCGUUUGCAAGGUGCGAAGGAGCAUAUGGCAUCCCAACCUGACCCAGAAAAUAGAGACUGGGAAGGAGAUUCUGUUGGAUAUUCAGAGACUCUUGGGGAAAACUCAACCAACGACUCCCUGCUAGAGUGGCUGAACACAUUCCAUCGUUCGGGAAAUUCCACCCGUAGUGGACAGAGUGGGAACCAGUCUUGGAGGGCUGUAAGCCGGGCAAACCCAAAUAGCGGAGAAUUCCGCUUUAGUCUUGAAAUAAAUAUAAAUCAUGAACAUAACAGUGGUGAUGCUCCUGGGGAGGAAUUUAACAGCUUCUUGUAUGACGAUACUGACAGAAGACAUAUAGAAAAUAGACCUCUAAUAGUAGACAGCCCAGUAGCCAGCCGAACUAGAAGCAGGACAUUGAGAGAUACUGUUAACCGUGCACUUGCCUCAUCAAGAGUGGGAAAUGUUACUGGUUCGGUGACACAAAACGCUGACGAAACAUCUCAACUUUUCUCAGGCAGACUUAGAAGGAGAAACAGAAGCGCAGCAAGCUUUGCAACACACAGCAACUUUUUAGAUGACAAUGAACAUAACAUUAUUAGGCAAAGGAGAACACACAGAGUUACAUCAGUGAGGUUUCACAGAGGAAGAACUAGAGCAAGAACUCGGAGGAAUACAAGGCAAAGGCCAGAAGUCUUAAGACUAAGAUCAACUUUCAGUAGUCAGUUCCAGUCCCUUUUGGAAAGGAGGCAAGAUACGAAUGUACAACAAAUCGAUACACAAUCUAGUAGGACGCAUACAGUCCAGUCUUCUCCAGAGCAAGGCGAGGAACAAACACCAUCAUUAGGUAUAACUUUGGAAGAGGAAGAAUCUACAAGAGCCCCAGCUGUGCCCAGAAGGCAUCCUACUAUUACAUUAGACCUUCAAGUGAGAAGGGUUCGCCCUGGAGAAAAUAGAGAUCAGGAUAGUAUUGCUACUAGAACUCGCUCAAGGGUGGGCAUGGCAGACAAUUUAGUCACUUUUGAAAGUGAUAGUGAGGGAUUUCGUCGGACCGUUUCACGAUCUGAGCGUGCAGGUAUACGGACAUACGUUAGCACCAUACGGAUACCUCUUCGUAGGAUAUCGGAAACUGGGCUUGGAGAGUCUUCAGCAGCAGCUCUUAGAUCAAUUCUAAGGCAAAUUAUGACCGGUUUUGGAGAACUAAGCUCCUUAAUGGACACCGAAUCAGAUUCUGAAAUUCAGAGGGGUAGUCAGCACUUAUCGGAUAUGCAGUCACAGCUGUCUAACUUGCACACUUUAAGUAGUGUCAGUGAAUUCAGUGAAACGUCACUUAGGAGCAGACCUGCUGAACAAGGCAGCAGGGAAUGGCAUGGAGAGACCCAACAUUACAAUCAAAGUAAUGAAACCCAAGACAGCAGACCGUUUCAAGAUGCAAACACCUUUGUUGAAAAUGGAACGCUUCCCAUCCUUCGUCUCGUGCCCUACCUUUUAUUAGAAGAAGAUAACAGUGAUCAUUUGAGGGGGUUAACUAAAGACCAAAUUGACAAUCUUUCUACCCGGAAUUAUGGAAAUGCCAAUGCAGAUGACAGUGAAAUAAGUAAGACAUGUAGUGUGUGCAUUAAUGAGUAUGUUGUAGGAAAUAAGCUAAGGCAAUUACCAUGUAUGCAUGAGUUCCAUUUUCAUUGUAUUGAUCGCUGGCUUUCUGAAAAUUCCACCUGCCCAAUUUGUCGGCAACCUGUAGUAGCUAAUAUUGCAGGCAAUGGAUGAAUCCUCAAAUACUUGCAUUUCCACACUGUAUUGGAAGCCAGAAGUAACUCUGAAAAAGAGAAGGGGGUAUUCUAAACAUGUUUAAAAUUAGAGAAGAUCUGACUACAUUUGGCAGUGGUAUCUUAAAGUACAGGCAUGAGGGCAAAAUUAUCUUCAUAAAAUUAUAUUUUUCUAUAUUAUUUUGUUAUGCAAAGCACUUCUGAAAUAUAGAAAUUUAAUAGUUUGCGUUCCUAACAGUAUGAUCUUUAUUGAGAUUUCAGUUUGGUUUGUGCAGUUGAUCUUUAUUGAGAUUUCAGUUUGGUUUGCGUGGUUGCCUUUUUUUUUUUUUAGCUGUUUGUUCUAUGAACAAUUCCUUUUUUAAUGUUGCAGAAGAAACUGGAAACCUGGGCACCUGCUAGAAGGUACCUAAGUUAUUUGAAGGACUUGGUUUUAAUGUAUGCUGUAUAUUUUUACAGACGACUCUGCACAUUUUGUUUUAUUUAAAUAUUUCAUAGGCCAUUUUGCAUGCUUUAUACAUGGCUUACUAUUGACACAAUAAUUUUUGAUGUAAAUGGGGUUCUGGGGCAACUGAACUUUUAAUUCAGUGGAGUGAUUUAGAACAGUUUGCCAUUCAACACAUUCAGCCAUGAGAUUAGCGUGGAGGACUGUUAUUCCCCAUAUGUCAGCUCAAUGUUAACUUUAGAACAUUGUUUAAAGACUAUAUUUGACACACCUUUAUACACAUUCCAAUGGAUUUUUAAAACCAUUUUUAAUUUGAAGACGAGAGUGCCAUGGAUAAUUAACUUACCUGAAGCAUGCGUGAUUCAUAUUUUGUUUUGUUUACACUUUAAAUUAUUAGUUGGUGAGACAUCUGCGCCACAUACGAAUGUAAUUCUAUUCAACUUAACAGGGGGAGCUUCCUGAGGAUCAAAUGCCAUAAAUUGUUAAGGGAAUAUGUAUGCUUACUGUAAGAUACCAAAAACAGUUGUAUAUUUGGACUUUAAGACUUAUACAAUACCUGAAAAAGGAAUAAAAUUGCAAAACCAGAA